UUACGGGGGGGCGGGGCCCCCUCCCUCGAAUGUUGUCAGGCUCCUUGGAAAAGCGGCAGACAGCAACGGACCCAUAGCACAGAUCUUAGCUCUAAAUCGAGAUACAGAGCGCUGUGGACAAAUCUGAGUGCGAUGUUUCGUUGUAAAAUAACAGAUAAGUAAAGACGCGGUGCUUCUGACCAACGGAGCACGGGAGGCGCGGGAGACAAGGAGGCAAAACGCUGACGGAACGUCGCGUGCUAACCGAGUAUUUAAAGCCACUCACAUAAGCAUAUGGAAAACUUGAACAGUCCGAAAACUCUGGAUAUCGACUGGACUCACCAACAACUUUUGGUGGAAGAGUAGCUGAUUGGAUACUUCGAAGUGAAUAACCUCACAUUUAUUUUGUCCUGUUUGGUCUGAGCGCCACUGUUUUUCAACGCUCUUUUUUUAAUCUGGAUUUUAAUUACAUGGCACGGAAAUUCUAAAGUCAUGAACCGGGGCAUAGCGGUGCAGAGAACUGAUGGAGGCGAUGGUGUUCAGACGCUGAUGAGUCGAGCGGGAGCCGCUGCAUGUCCCGCUGCGGGAUUCCAGGCUCCAAUGACAAGCGAAGAACCAGUACCGAGUUUUAACGAGGAAGGAGUCCAACCUAGGCCCAGCCCGGAUAAUUUGGACACAUCGAAUGGAGCAGCUGUGGGUGAAAAACGGAUGUUCUCCAGUUUAUUCUUCGGGAUCAGAGACAGUCAUGCACAAAACAACUCAGAAUCUCCACCGACGAACCCGGUGUUGGCUCCACCACAACAGGGUCUCACCGGUCAUCGGACUACCUCAUUCUCCGUCUUGGACAUUUUGGACCCCAACAAAUUCACCAGCAGUCGGAGACUGCAGGUACAGCAGAGCAGCCACGCGGAUGACCACAACGUCGUUGCACAAGGUGGAGACAUCAGAAGUGGGGCCGCUGGUGAAUGCGAAGCGGGCCUGGAGCCCAAUAAUGGCAGUUAUGGCGGACAGGAAUACCCAAGCAAAAACUUUGGGGAUAGAAGUCCAGAUGAGGAUGACCGCAACAGAAAUUGUACUCCAGAUUCAGAGGCACCAGAUGGUUCCUAUAGCAGUGAAGAGAGCAGUUCGACGCUGCACUUUAGUGGGGACAGAGAUGUCAACCAGCAAAGCCUCCAGGACCCGACCAAACAGGCAAAGAGUCCCAGAAGAGGGCUCACAGGCCAGAUCACCAAUGUGCAACCCAAUGGGGGCCAAGGCCCACAAGGAAAGCCGAAGAGAAAACGUACAGGCUCAGACUCAAAGUCAGGGAAACCCCGCAGAGCUCGUACUGCCUUCACCUAUGAGCAGUUGGUUGCACUGGAGAACAAGUUCAAGUCGACAAGGUACCUAUCUGUGUGUGAGCGGCUCAACCUUGCACUGUCACUCUCCCUUACUGAGACACAGGUCAAGAUCUGGUUCCAGAACCGCCGGACCAAGUGGAAGAAACAGAACCCUGGUGCAGACACUUCUGCUCCCUCUGGUGCAGGAGGUACAUCUGGUACUGCGGGAGGAAUAGGAGGCGCUCUUGGGAACCUCAGUCCACUCAGCCCAUCACCUCCAAUCAGUGGACAUCUAGCCAUGCACACAGGCUAUGCAUCAGGUCACCAUCACCCUUCAGCGGGCAGCCUGGUCCAGCUGCCUUUUCUCACUACAAGCCAUGUUCUAUCUCCAUUCAUGUUGGGGACACAGAGCUAUGCUGCACCUACCUUUUACAGCUCCCACCUGUAAACAGAUACAGAAUACACAUGCACACACUGAGCCAAGAGAUUGACAUAUUUCAACAUCCUGAAUGAUUAUAUACGUAUAUCAUUAAUUCAACUAAGCUUGGGUGUUCAAUUGCUGUAAUGUCACAGUUUGAUUUUGAUAGAUAAUUUUGACUGACAAUGUCAAUCUCUAUGUAAAAGUGUACAUAAUUUUAUGAUCUAACUUUACAUUCUGAAUGCUAAGGUAAACAAAUAGCUGAUUCAUCCGUAAAACUUUUUGGAACCUGAAUGUUAGAAAUCACUCAAUGAAUAGCCCGAUCUACUAGUACUGUGAAGAUUCAGCAGUGAGUGUUUUUGUUUGGCCGUUUUGGCCAUGAAGCCACAGACGAACUAAUACACGACUCAUAUGGUUGUUUUUGAUAAUAAACAGUGACUAAUAAAAAAAGAUAGUCAGUGUAUAAACUGUAUAUACAUUUUUAAUUUUCAGAACAUUCUGAAUUAAGUGCAUAUUUUCAAUAAAAUGAUUUUGAUGAUUGAACUACUUGUGUACAAAUAGUUGGAUCACUGGGAACUUUCUCACUCACCAUGUGUAAAAGUAAAUUUUUUGUCAUUUGCCUAUUUCUGAAAAUGUUCUAAAUUUUAGCCCCACU